AUUAGGUACCUGUGUGACUAUAAAAUGCCUUGUUUAAAAAGUCUCUUUGGUGAGUCCAAUUUAGCGAGAUUUGCCAAGUGCUACUUUGAAAUCAAACAAGGCCUACGUCAUGGUUAGACAGCACUCUUAAACACUUACUUAUUAGAGACUAGAAAUCAAGACACCGACUUGUAGAUCUAUUAUAUAAGUGUACCUAAGCUACCUCUUUCAUAUAGCUUUGUUUAAAAUAGAUUAACUCAUAACAUUCUACAUAACGUCUUUCACACUUAUGCAAAAUCAACACAGUCCAAAAUAAAUCAGCUGAAAACUGGAAGUUCGUAACCAUGCCCAAGUCCCUGAAAGUCGCUUUACAGAAUAAUAGCGAUUCCGACCAGGUCUACGCUUAUAUCACCGGCAUAGCCCUCCAACAUGGCGGAAAACGCUGCUUCGUCAAAGCGGACGGAGAAAGCCUCUACUUCCCGCAGAACCCGCCCCGCAUCGGCUCGCCGCUAACCGAGGACUGCACCAUCCCUCUCGGAGCGCCCGGGUCCACCGUCACCGUCACGAUCCCGCAGAUGGCCGGCGGGCGGAUAUGGUUCUCGCGCGACGCCAAGCUCACCUUCCUGCUGAACCCGGGGCCGGGCCUGGUCGAGCCCAGCGUCCUGAACCCGUCCGACCCCAACGCCGAUGUCGACUUCGGCUUCGUCGAGUUCACCCUCAACGACGCCCAGCUCUACGCCAACAUCAGCUACGUCGACUUCGUGCCCCGCUUGCCUCUAGGCAUCGAGCUACUACAAACAAGCGGCAACGUGCAGCAAGUCGCCGGCAUGGCCCCCGACGGCCUCGACCGCGUCGCCGACGCGCUGCGCGAGCAAGCGCAGAGGGACGGCCAGCCGUGGGACAAGCUGGUCGUGACGCGCAAGGGGCGGAUCCUGCGGGUGCUGAACGCGACGCACGGGAACGCCGUGCGGGCGAAUUUCAGCGGGUACUACGAGCCGUACGUGGAGGAGGUAUGGGAGCACUUCCUGGCUCAGCAGAAGGAGGGCGGGCACGGGCUGAAGAUCGACACGCAGGCGGCAGCGGGGGUGCUAAGCGCGGAGUUCGCGGAGAACGGCGAGGUGCGGAUCGGCGGGGAGAAGUUCGGCAAGCCCAGCACGGCGGACAUCCUCGGGUGCAACAGCGGGCCGUUCGCGACGGGGCCCUCGCCCACGCGCAACGCCAUCAUACCCCGUCUGGCGGCCGCGUUCGUGCGCUCGGCCCUGCUCGAGGCGCGCCAUCAUCCCUCGCUGCCGCAUACGUUUUACCAGAGGGACCCGACGAACCAUUAUGCUCGCGUCGUGCAUGAGAACAAUGUCGACAGGAAAGGAUACGCUUUUGCUUAUGAUGACGUGCAGCCGAAUGGGGGCGAUGACCAGUCGGGGAAGGUUAAUGCUGGCGAUCCGGUGCUGUUCACGGUGACUGUUGGUGGCGCACAAGUUUAACGUAAUUUCGUUAACCCCCGGCCUCGAAAACUUUUGUAGCGUAUUGCUUUUCAAUAUGUACUAGUAGUUACUUUUUGUUUGCUUCAGAUAUGAUCUGGUGUCACGGGCUUGCGGUAUGGGUACGAGGAAAGUGGAUGAGGCUAACAAAUAAAUUAGUAUCAGGAUAGGCAAAGAUCGUGUAUGACUUGGAAUAGGAGGGAUUGUACUUGAUUACCACACAAUUUGCAUUGUCUACCUCUCUAGAUCAAAAUCGAAUAAUACAUGGGUUCAAACUA